AUGAGCCGAUGGCGAGCGUAUCUCGUCGUCCUUCUUUCGCUACUCGUUCUCGCAGUAGUUUCGCAGCCCUUCGCGAGGCGUCCGCUCAUCGCGAAUGCCGAAGAAUUCGACGACGAGCGGUACGCCUACGACGAGGACGACGACGCAGGCGACGACGACGACAUCCCGGCCGGCGACGACGGCGACGUCGUCGCACUGACGGCGGCGACGUUUUCGCAGGCCGUCAGCGAUCACAAGCACGUGAUGGUGGAGUUCUACGCGCCGUGGUGCGGUCACUGCAGGGCUCUCGCGCCCGAGUAUCGCGAAGCAGCGGCGACGCUCAAGGAGCUCGGCGUGCUCUUCGCCAAGGUGGACGCGACGAAAGAAACGGAGCUCGCCGACAAGUACAACGUGGAUGGUUACCCGACCAUCCUUUUCGCCACGGAUGGCGAAUUUCAGCCGUUCGGCGCGGGGCGAACCAGCGCGGAGAUGGCGCGGUGGGUGAAGCGCAAGCUGGGCAUGGGCGUGACACCGCUGGGGCCACCCGACAUUCCCAAGGCUGCCGCUCUCAUCGAGAGCGCCGCCGCUGCUGCCGUCGCCUUUGUGCCCUCGCUUGACUCGCCGGAGGCAGCAGCGUUCGGCGAGGCAGCGAGGGACACGGACGGGGUGGACUUUUUCGUCACCACGCAUGCUGACGUGGCGGCCGCCUUCGGCCUGCCAGCUGGCGAGCCGCCCUCCCUGGCUGUGGUGAAGAAGGAGGAGGAGCGGCUGGUGGUGUUUGGCGGCGAGUACAGCAAGGACGCCAUCAGUGCGUUCCUGGCGGCCAACCGGCUGCCGCUGCUGCUGACGUACACCGAGGAGACCUCCGCUGCCAUCUUCUCGUCCCCCAUCGGCAAGCAGGUGCUACUGUUCGCAUUAGACAGUGCAUUCAAGGAGCUCUCGCCCGCGCUUUUUGCAGCAGCCAAGCAGUUCAAAGGCCAGGCCAUGUUUGUGUUUGUGAACGCCUCUGACCCCGAGUCACAACCCGUGCAAGAGUACUUUGGAGCAGACGCCUCCACCACUGCCUUUAUGGGGUUCACCAUGGGAGGAGGUGAGGACCCCUCAGUGCCAGCAGCAGGGCUCAAAUACCGCAUGACUGACCACCCCACAGCAGAUAACAUCAAGGCCUUCACGCAGAGCUUCAUUGACGGCCGUCUCAAGCCCUUCUUCAAGUCACAGCCCGUCCCGGAGGAGAAUGAGGGGCCAGUGGCGGUGGUGGUGGGGGACUCGUUUGAGCGCAUUGUGCUGGACGACACGAGAGACGUGCUGCUGGAGGUGUAUGCUCCCUGGUGCGGCCACUGCCAGCAGCUCGAGCCCACGUACAAGAGGCUGGCAGAGCGGUUCAGUGCGGUGCAGUCAGUGGUUAUUGCCAAGAUGGAUGGCACUGCUAACGAGUACCCCGGCCUAGAGGUGGAGGGAUUCCCCACCAUCGUCUUCUACCCCGCGGGGAAAAAGACAGACCCGGUGAAGGUGGCUGCACGCACCCUCAAGGAGUUCAUCCAAGCCAUCAAGGACCACGCCUCCACUGAAUUCCACCUGGAGCCCUCGCCUCUGGACGACCAGGAGGAGGAAGAGAGUGAGGAUGGGGAGAUGGAGGAGAUGGAGGGGGGGGUAGGGGAAGGGGGGAUGGAGGGGGAAAUGGGGGAGGAUGGGAUGGAGGGGGCAGAGGAGGAUAUGGCGUAUGAUGGGAUGGAGGGGGAUGGUGAGGAGGAGGACGAUGCGUUUGAUAAGUUGUUUCACCACGACGAGUUGUAG